AUGGUGGGGAGAUGUUCAUUAUGUUUUAUAUCUGUUUUAUGUGUUUACACAGACAGUCCACCUUCUCUACUGUACAUGAUCCGCAGCUCCAGAAUGCACAAUGUGCCUGUGUACUCUGACAUCAAGCAUGGACAUCAGCACAGCACUCUGCUCCGAAAGGUCGAGGGAGACAUAGGGGGCCUGAACAAGGAUGUUAAGGAAUUCCUGCUGGGGCUAACAGGCAGAGAGCCUCCAACACAGGUCAAUGAAGUAACUGGGACCAUCAGAAUUAAAGGGCAGCUUGAAAAAGAGCUGAAGAACUGGCUACUGAAGAAGGGAUUUUAA